CGCACACAAACAGCGUCUUCUCAGCGUAACAUCCAGGGGGAGGGAGGGAGCAGAAAGUGCCUGCGGAACGCACCUGCGCUCAGAGGAGGACGGACACCGACACUCAAGUAUCAACACACAAAGUGAACAGGGUGGAGAAGGAGGAAGGGAGGAAGAUCCCCCCGGAGGAUGGUGGCGGAGAUGGCGCACUGCGAAGCGGCUUGUCGGUCGGGAGAUGGGGACGGGGAUGUCCACACGUCUGACUGCAAAGGUAACCUACCGGAGGUGGACGGCAGUGACUCAGAACAUUCCGGUACGUCCGUGGCAGACUCUGAGGAAGGCUCUGGCUCUGAGGAAGAUGAGGAAGACCGGGCGGAUUUAGAAGCCAACGAGGAGAGGGAUGAGGAGGAGGAAGAAGUGGAGACGGGAGAGGAUUCGUCUCAAGAGGUCCUUUCUGAACCAGCUUCAACAGGAGAAGGUACGCUGGGUUCCUCACAGGUCCAUAAGACCAUCUGUUGUUGGAGGGGUUGACCCGUUUCUCUUACACUGGGCCCUGCUGUUGGUUUGUUCUUUAUCCUGACAGAGGUCCACCUCAAGUCACAAUGUGACAAAUGUAAAGCAGCUCAGCAGAGUUCUGACUACGAAAAGGUUACCCCAAGGAAAAUCUCGAAGGGUCGAU